AUGGAAAUCCCAGCCAUAAAUCUGAAGGCCAUCGUGUUGGUUCACUGGUUGCUCACAGUCUGGGGCUGCUUGGCCUUUCAGCUAAACAUGACAUAUAUGUUGAGUAACUUUAGUGUGUUAGCUGUGGGUGUGUGGGCCAUUGCUCAGAGAGAUUCCAUAGAUGCUGUACUGAUGUUCUUGAUGGGCAUGGCUCUAACAGUGGUGACAGACAUUGUGGAUUUUGCAAUUUUGUACCCGGCUGCUGAUAACUUGUCAGAUAGGAGAGACACAGUUCGCUUCAGCAUGGGCAUGUCCAUCCUCAGCUUGCUACUCAAACCCUUGUCCUGCUUCUUUGUCUACCAAAUGUACCGUGAGAGAGGAGGGGACUACAAUGUCAACUUCGGUUUCCCUACAAUCACCCGGAACAGAGAUGACUACCAGUCGAUCGACAACCAGGAGCAGUCCUCCGGUUCUUCUAGCGCUUUCAAUCAAGGCAACAAUGGCAAAUCUGGGCCACGCUCUUACUGA